UAUCGCUUUACCGUUCAGUAAGUGACGUUACAUCCUUUUUAGAUUUGUUAAAGAUUUUAGGGAAUCUGUCCAUUUAAAGACUUUCUUCGGCCCUUUUUUCACUCGUCAGCCACUCAAUAUUGAAACUCCAAGAAAAUGGAAUAUUGCUUCAACUCAAAGAAAAGUGGUGGGUUGAAAAUAAUCCAGGCGCCGGUGAAUGUGGUGAUGACAGUGGAGGUGGAGGAGAUACACCUGAGUAGAUUAGAUAAUGUUGGUGGUGUAUUUCUCGUUCGUGGAGGCGGUCUGGUGGUUGCGGUUAUCGCUUGUAUCAUCGAUUUCAUAUGGAACAUUCGGCAAAUUGCUAUCGAUGAAACGAUUACACCAUGUGAAGCUUCGGUUCGCGAAUUGAAAUUCGUUAUUGAUCUACGGCAAACAACAAAACCAGUGGGAAAAGGACUUGAAGAACGAUCUGAUUCGUCUCGUUCAAGUCAAUCAUCAAAAUCGGAUCGUUCGCUAAAAUCAGCCAUUUCCAAAGAAUCGCUCAAAACAGCGGAAAGUGAAAAACUUGAUAGGGUUUAGAUUCACAAUGUAAACACUUGAUCUUCAUAUCAAUCGAGAUGGAUUCUAAUUCUCGGUUGGAUAUCGAAUAAAUCUUUCAUUUCAUUUUGCUCACUUCCAUAUCGAACGCUAUCAUUGUGAGCUAUUUAUGUGAAAAAUCCCCUGUUUAAAUAAAUAAAC